AACCUUCAUCUUCUGCUAGAUUGUUCGCGGCCGGAGUAUGGCCAGCGCCCACCUGUCAAGCUCGUUCAGAACCACCGUUGAUAUCUACUACUUCUAGUCGCCUACUGCUGCUGCUACUACUACUACUACUACUAUUUUCUUUCCUUAUCUGAAUCUUUGGUAAUGGCUAAUCAAUCUGGCAAACGCUUCUUACGCAAUCUUUGUUCAGACUAUACCAACAUUUUUAUUAGAAGACAGAAACUUUAUGGUAGAUUUUUGAAUGGUAUUCUUAACCGUUGUCAGUCACAAUGGUCAAAACUAGACGGAAUAAAAGAACUAAAUAAAGAAAAAGAGGCAAAAGAUGUGGCUCAAGUUUCUUUGAAGCCUGAAGUUGAUAAGAAGGCUGGUUAUGAUACCAGUACCAGAUUAUUCAAAUAUAGUUCUGGUGAUGAAGAUUAUGUUGGUGAUACCAAGUGGAAAUUAGAGCUUGCUUGGCUCACAAAGGCUCUUGAGCCAGCUCUGCAAUUGUGUAGGUGGGCUCUGCCAAUAGGAAAUGAAGUAGGGGAUAAACCCCCUCCCAGCACUCGAUCAGUCUCAGAAAUCAUAUCUAGCAUCCAGAGGAGUAAAACCGGAAUUGAAGGUUGGAGCUUGAGUGAUCUUACCAUAGGCCUAUAUCUUAUUUACCUUCGUCAGACGUCUUUGAAUCUGUUUGAGGAUGUUAAGGGUGUGAAGAUCACGUCAGAUUCAAUUGUCCAAGAUCUGAUAUACCAUAUUGAAUUAGCAAAAGGAUGUUAUAAGGAUAAUGCUGCCAUCCUUGCUAGGACCAGCAUGCUUAGAGAAAGCAAUGUUUUGAAAUUUGUAAAGAACUCUAGUGUGAUGAGGCCUGGAUAUUAUAUAGGAAUUGAUCCUCGAAAGAAACUUUUAAUAUUUGGAAUUCGUGGAACUCACACUGUCUAUGAUCUUAUUACUGAUAUUAUUUCAUCAAGUGAUGGAGAGGUUACAUUUGAAGGCUAUUCAACUCACUUUGGCACAGCCCAAGCUGCUCGAUGGUUUCUUCACCAUGAAAUAGGAACAAUAAGAAAGUGCUUGGAGAAAUAUGAGGGAUUUAGGUUAAGGCUGGUGGGGCAUUCUCUUGGAGCUGCGACAGCUUCUUUACUGGCAAUAAUGCUUCGUAAAAAGUCAAAAAUGGAGCUGGGGUUUAACCCUGACAUUGUUUCUGCUGUUGGAUAUGCAACUCCUCCUUGUGUUUCCAAAGAACUUGCUGAAACUUGCUCUGAUUUCGUUACAAGCAUUGUAAUGCAGGAUGACAUUGUGCCUAGACUAAGUGCAGCAUCUCUAGCAAGGCUGAGGAAUGAAAUUCUUCAAACAGACUGGAUGAGUGUGGUGGAGAAGGCAGACUGGAAAAGUGCAGUAGAUUUGAUCACAAAUGCAAAACUGGUUGUGUCUUCAGUACAAGAUGUAGCUCGGAAACUUGCUGAUUAUGCACAGUUCAAAAGCAAAAAAGAAUCUUCUGAUAGUUCCACAAAAAAGGAAUCAACUUCGGUUCCUUUGGCCUCUAAAUUAGAAACAAACGCUUUACUUCAAAAAGAAGAAGAUGCCUACACCGUGCCAGAGGAGUUAUUUGUUCCCGGGACUGUUUACUAUUUGAAGAGGAACGUAGAUAAUCAAGCUGAAAGCAGCGACAACAGGGGCAGGGAAUCUUUCAGUCUUUGGAGGAGACAUCCAGGUGAACAUUUCCAGAGGAUAGUGCUCUCAAGCAACAUAAUAUCAGAUCACAGAUGCGAUAACCACUAUUAUGCUUUACGAGAUGUACUAAAAGGUUUUCCUAGGUCCCAUGAUGAAGGCAUUUUCAGAUAGGACCCCCAAAAGUCUGAACGUCUUUUACAUCCUGUAAACUGUCAAAUAAAUGUAUGCUCGGAUCCAGAUGUUCAUAUUGAAGCUGUUUUGAGCAUUUGUGCAGAAAAAUAUAUAUAGUUCAUGAGCAAUUAUACAGUUUUUAAUGUGUUCGUUCCGAAAUACUGAGAUCAUUAUCUGAUUGAUCUUUAGUAGUGGCAUAGCAUUGUAAAACGUUUUUCUGAGGAAAAAUAAAGAACAAUAGUCUCCUUCCUAUCCUGUCUUGUGCGAAAAUUAUUCAAGUCAUAUUCGCUUAUGUGAG